GAAAAGGUUUUCACGCGGGUAGCGGAUCUCGAUGAAAACUCCACGACUUAAUCGAUUGUCGUGGCGCUGCUGGAUGCUUCUGAUCAAUAGAACAGGAAGAUGAGUCAGCCAAAAAGAAAGACCACCAAAAGUAACGACCACCAAGAUAGGCAUAGUGAUUCGAUCUUUUGAUCACCCAUUUUUGAAAAACCAUUUUUGGGGGCUUCCGCCUUACACACGGAAGAUUGGAUUGCCUGAAUCACGAGUAUUAUAUACUGUCUUACGAUCACCUCAUAUUGAUAAAAAGUCCAGAGAACAAUUUGAAAUGGAAAUCAAGAAACAAUUUCUGGUCAUAAAAACAGAAAGGCAUGAAUUGCGCAAGAAGUUCUUUCGGUUAAAACGCCGUGCGACUCGGAGGACAUAAGACUUCUUGGUCAAGCCCAAAAGAUUGCCGACAGGAUGCUCCUACCCCACCAUGCCUGGCCCUUUACCUUACCUUAAGAAGAAAGAGGGGGUAUGAAGCGUGGGAAAGACUGCAAGAAGUGUAUGAUAAAGAGGUAACCUUAAGUGUUGGAGUGGCGGCAAAACUCUUGAUUGAUCAACGCGAGUGAACUGUGCUUAGACGCUUCGUCAAACCGCACCGAUCUACGAGAGGAGCUGAUGGAUGAGUAGGCUUCCCCUUUCGAUUCACGGAAUGUGAUCUGGGACACGAUGGGAGUUUGCGUGCCUCGGUAGGAAAGAGAUCACCGGAGUAUAGCACAAGAUCGCCUUUUCUUGCUGCCAUGGGGUCGACCUGUGAACAAGGUAAACCCAAUGGGAACAAAAAAACGGGAGGGUACCGCAUUGGGCAGAAGACGAUCCAAAAAGCGAAGGCUCACCCAGCUGAAGGAAGGAGCUUUGGAAGCUUACCAACAACUUAGAGAAAGGGGAAAGGGGCAACCUAUCAACCUAAUAGAAAGGGGGUGAGAUAGGCGACAGGUAGCUUGCUUCCAAGCCGGCCCGGCCGCAAGGAAUCAAGAGAUCUUUGCCGGUGCUGACUUGGAUCUCGGGUGACGGAAUAAGGCGGCCAGAAGCGACGAGCAGUCGCGGUCGAAGCUUGGCUCUAGCCGAUAGGCUAGCAGUAAGCUUGGCUACAGCGAAGCGCUUACCAAGCGCGAAGGAAAGGGCCUUCGCCACUUGAGCCGUAUGCGGGGGAACUCGCACGUGCGGUUCUUAGGGGGGGAGAGCUAGUAGGAGCCAUCCUAUCCCAAUAGCGUAUAUUUGGAGCUCAAUAUGAAAUCCUAUUUUCUUGCAAGACUCGUUCGGAUAAGGGAAAACUCCAGAGAUUGCUUCGAAGUAAGAUCAUUGCCUUGCCCCUUUCCUGAACCAGAACCGGGGGGGGGGUGAGAGGAAAAGGGGCUCAAAAUGCCCCAUCAAUAAAGUGAGGGCUUUCCGGACCUUCCCCAUCCCCCCUUUUUCAAUAAAGAAGCCCCGCUCCCUAAGGGGCCCCUCUCUGAUAAGGAAGGAAACGAAAUAAUCUCAAUUUUAUGACAAAUCCGGUCCGAUGGCUGUUCUCCACUAACCACAAGGAUAUAGGGACUCUAUAUUUCAUCUUCGGUGCCAUUGCUGGAGUGAUGGGCACAUGCUUCUCAGUACUGAUUCGUAUGGAAUUAGCACGACCCGGCGAUCAAAUUCUUGGGGGGAAUCAUCAACUUUAUAAUGUUUUAAUAACGGCUCACGCUUUUUUAAUGAUCUUUUUUAUGGUUAUGCCGGCGAUGAUAGGUGGAUCUGGUAAUUGGUCUGUUCCGAUUCUGAUAGGUGCACCUGACAUGGCAUUUCCACGAUUAAAUAAUAUUUCAUUCUGGUUGUUGCCACCGCCUAUGAGUAUUCAUAUUCACAAGAAAAUCACUAACAAACCGCGGAUCAUCUCGCAGACAAAAAGAAGCGAGAAAGCGGUUCAAUGGCUUAUUGCAAGCCUUUCUUCCCUGCUCGGUAGUUCCGUAGCAGGUUUUUUCGGACGUUUUGAAGUAUUGCGCUAUUUACGUGUGAGUGGUAUUACUGGACUGAUCCUUUGGUGGGAAAUGUUAGCUUUUAAUAUAAAAAAGAGACUCCCUUUAAGGGUGAGUCUUUUUUUAAAACUAUUCCUAACUCUUCUUUUCUACAAACUGCUCUUUGCCUCCGGCUAUCUCCUUAUGGAUGAGCUGGGAAAGGCAGUUUCCCAAUUCUACCCAUCGGAGGGAAUGUUUAGUUCUGGUGGAUCAAGUAUGCCUCCGUCUGGGCCUUCGGACCCCACGUCGUGGGUCUUAACGAGUGCGGACCAGGGCGAGGGACCUUCUUCGGUCCAAAACCCAGGCGGGAACGGGGCAGGCGAUGGAGCGGGACCUUCGAACCAGCCUGCCUUUGUUCGAAAUCUGAGUUUAGAAAGCUCUAUCCGAAAUAGAGUUGCUUGUCUCGAAAGGGAUCACAGUCCCUUUCUAUUUGAAGAACAAAGGGGAAAGUAUUGGAAUCUUUUUGUGUCAAACACAGGGGAAGCAUCCUCUCAAGAGGAAUAUAACGUAAUCCUAGCGACGGAAAAUACAUACCUGGAAAUCUGUGAAAGGAGACAUGAGUGUUAUACUAUCUUUGAGGAAUUGCUUGCUGCACAUCCUUCCUUGGCUGAAAAGGCCUGCUACAGUCCUCAAGAAACCUUUAUAGACUUCUUUACGGAGAAGCGGGACGAGCUGGAAGGAGUAGUAGGAUUAAGCCUUAACCAAAGAGACAGGCUAGAAUUCGCAUUCUUGGGGCAUGUGAAGGAAGAUCUCCAAGAAAGGGGAGCAAACUCUAUCUAUAUCAAACUUCUUCUUGGAAGCGAAUAAGCGGUAUGGUUUAUUGGAGAAUCUCAUGGUCCGAAUCCUUUGCUUCUUUCUAUUUCUUCUUUUAAUGACUCCUAACU